UCAGAGCAAUGACGUUAUCAGAUUGUUCACGACUUGGAGAAGGGUAUUUUUGCACUCCGUCAUUGGGUGAACAUGUUGUCAGUAAUGUCAUUGAACCGUGGAAACAUUUACCAAAGUACCGCCUCAGAAAUUAUAUUCGCCAUUUUCUUAAAAUGUAUUGUCGCGUAUGUCCCCCGUCUUAUUACGAGUCAGCAUUAGUUCCUGUUAUCGUCGUUACAUUCAAUCAAAUGAUUGAGCGUCUAAACAAAGAAUGGGAGGCCAUGAAAAGCAGAGAGCACAUACGAACAGCAAUAGAUGAUAUUGAAAUAGUAACAGAAGAAGAUGCUGUGAACAACGACGAAGUUAUUGAAAGUCAACUCGUUCAUCUUUUGACAAAGAAUUUCAUUGAAACUUUAAACUCCAUGUGUACAAUGUGUCGACCUUCUCUUCGUGAGCCAUAUGUGGAAAAGAAAGAUGAAUCACAAGCAAAGUUAGAAAGCGCAGAUUACGUUUUACAAGAACUGCCGACAUUUUUGUUGCAACAUACUGAAACUUGCAAAAUUGUUCUAUUAUUACCAUUUAUCGCCCUGCGAUGGCCAGAUGUUUCCUCUUUCACGAAAGCUAUCAGACUUUGUGUCCCGUUCAUCAGACAGUUAAUAAGAAAUCCACCACGUGAAGUAGCAAUGGUUCCCGAGAUGUUUGAACAAAUCUUCACUCUAGCUCUUCAGGGUCUUCAACUGAUGGGACAUCAUGUAGAAAUUCAAUCCAAUCUUAUACGAAAUAUUGUAAUAAUUUACGACUUAUUGCGUCCGCUCUUCCCAAGUUUGAAGAACAUCAUGCUACAAGUGCCAAACAUUGACACCAUUUCAUUAAAUAAGUAUGAUGUGACUUUGAUGUCAAAUGAAGAACUAAGUGAAAAAGAAAAAAAGAAGAUUUUCAAAGCACUUCUUUCUGGCUUGAUCGGAAAAGAAGUUGGCAAGAUGUUUCAAUAUGACAUUAGGAUAUUGAAUCUCCCGUCUUUGCCCGUAGUCAAGAGAGAAAAAUCGAUGAACAUACUAGCAACGGAAAAUAAUAUUGGUUUAACAAAGCUAUUUGAACCCGAAAGUACUUAACUGCCUAUUUUUGAUUUGGACAGUAUGAAUAUCUCACAAAGUGCAUACAUUGAUAUUUUCCUUAUCGCAUACAUAAGCGAAAUCCAUUAGUGAAAAUAUCUGCGAUGAACAGACAAAUUCCUUGUAUAAUUAUUACAAGGAUGUAUACGUGAAUAAUUCAUGAUUAUUGGAUGUAAUAAGUGACAUGAAUAUUCUUUAGAAAAAUAUCCUCCUUUAUCUCAUUCAUUCAAUAA